AUGCUUCUCACUACCUUUGUCUCAGGCUGGAGUGUGCUUUUGGCCGCUACUGUCAUUGACGUUGCUUCAGCUAAGUUCGCUCUUACUGGUGUCUUCACUGGGGUAGAUGCCAAAACAGGAUAUCGUCCACCUCGAAGAGAAAUUGAAGAUUUGGCUGGGGAUGUGAAACAAUUCUCCCUCUAUGUUCAGGCUGUGAACGCAAUGAUGAAGACAGACGAGCGCGAAUUGACUUCCUACUUUCAAAUUGGGGGUAUCCAUGGCCUUCCAUACAUAUCUUGGGAUGGUGUAAACCCAAGCAGGUCCAACCAAGGGUCAAAGAAUACCGGAUAUUGUACUCAUGGCAACACUCUUUUUGGAACAUGGCAUCGUCCUUACAUGGCUAUCUUCGAGCAAAUCAUGGCGCAAAAGGCACAAGCUAUCGCGAAGACCUAUACUUCCGAUAAAGCCGCUUGGCAAACAGCAGCGGACAAACUUCGAAGUCCCUUUUGGGACUGGGCGGCUCCUCCUGUGCACUUUCCUGCUGUUCUAAAAGCCCAAACGGUUCAGAUCACAACACCAACUGGUGUCAAGAGUGUAUCAAAUCCCUUGUAUAGCUACAAGUUCCUCAACAACCCAGAAAUCAACAAUUGGUUCCCAAGUGAUUAUCUAGGAACUCAAAAGCGAACUCUUCGUUAUCCAAACCAGGCCACCAAUACGAGUAACGAUGACUUCGAUGACCGAGCUGUUGCGGAAGAUCCUACGACAAGUGGUGUUUGGAACGUGUUCUCCAAAACCAGCAAUUUUAACGAAAUGUCCACUAGUAGCACUGGCGGAUACACCUUCGAAGGCCCACAUUCAACUAUUCACAUCAUCAUCGGCGGUGGUGGCCAUUUCAGCCCCCCUGAUUAUGCAGCCUUUGAUCCAUUGUUCUACCUCCAUCAUGGCAACGUCGACCGUCAGAUUGCGAUGUGGCAAGCGAUUUAUCCAAACUCAUACCUAACCCCAGCAAACACCACCAGUGGUACCUGGACCAUCACUGUCGGCGACGUCUUGGAUGAAAACACGGCACUCACGCCUUUCACUCAAGGUGAUGGCCGAACACCAUGGACAUCAAAAGCUGCACGCCAGAUCAAAACAUUCGGAUAUUCGUACCCCGAUGUUCCAGACUGGUUGUUUACAAAUCCGAGAGCACUCGCCGCUAACGUCACUGCUCGUGUCAAUAAGCUUUAUAACGCCGAUGGCAGCCUCGGACCCUUCGGUACCAAGAUUAAGGGGAGAGCUGCACCAGCGAGCGAUACCCUUUCAUGGAGCAUCGCCGCGAAGGUCGCCAACAGCAUCCUCGACGAGCCUUUCUCAGUAAAAUUAACGGUCGGGGAUGUUCGUGUUGGAAGACUAUCGGUUCUGAUCGCCUCCACCACUGAAAACCUCGAGGCUUCUACCUUUGGAGAAUUUGAGCUCAGUGCUGCGCUCAAGGAUGUCGAUGUGACGGAUGUUGAUGCUGUGGUCACUAAGUUGAAGGGAAGUGUAAAGUAUACCGUUGUCAAGGCGGAUGGAACCACUGUGGAUGGUGCGAAGGCGGAACUUUCGGUGUCUAGUCAAGUGGUCACGCCUGCGAAAGACGUCACCGAGUUUCCUGUGUUUGCUCCCUCAAACGAGCGAAUAUUCGAUAUGCUGGUUAAAAAAAGAAAGUCCUAUAAGAGGAGAAGGAAAGAGUUGGUGAAGGGGUACGAGAAAGAUUUUAAUGCUGCGGUUGGGGUUAAGAGGGAGUGGGUUGAUGUGUUGGUGGGCAUGAGUGAUAAGGAGCGACGGGGAUUGAAUUAUUAUAUUGGGCGGCCGAGUCCGUUGAAUCCUGCUCCUAAGAAAUCAGCAUCGAUUAAUGAACAUGCGGAUGAGUUGCUGGAGAAAUGGCAGGAUGCGAGGACGGUGUGUAGGAAAAAAGCGUUUGAGUACGAGACGAUGCAGUUCCGCUUGGUGUUUAAUAUUAAGAAUCAGAGGAGGUUCAGGGAGAUGCUUGGGGAGAAGGAGGUUAGGAGGGUUAAGGAGAGGGUGAAGAAGGGGAAGGGAUUAUGA